GCGAGUGUGCCCGAAGACGCAAAGGACAAGAGGCAUCAUUUGAAGGGUGGCAAGGGCUUUGUCAAUCCGUGGGAGAGUUAUAUUGAUAUUCCUGUGUGGGACUUGUUGGUCAAGGGCAUGUUUUGGAGAAAAAUAUCAGGCCAAGCAAACAAACCAGACACGACGUCCCCCACCGUCCCCGUCCGCCAUCCUUCUUUCCUCCCGACGCGCUCCACGCCAAAACUAAGAGCGACAUGGCUCGGCCACGCGUGCUAUUACAUCGAAUACCCCAGUGGCCUGCGCGUCCUGUUCGACCCCGUCUUCGAAGACUGCUGCUCGCCCGUCCAGAUGAAAGGGCUGAAGCGGUACACGCCGCCGCCGUGCGAGAUUGAAGAGUUGCCCUUUGUCGACGUCGUGGUCAUUAGUCAUAACCACUAUGAUCACCUGAGUUAUCCGACGACGCAGAGAAUCCGGAAGAAGUUUCCCAAUGCGCACUUUUUCGCGCCCCUGGGGAACAAGAAGUGGUUUGAAAGCUGUGGUGUGAGUGGUGAUCAGGUGACUGAGCUCGAUUGGUGGGAAACAAGAGAUAUCACGCUGGAAGAAGUCGGCACGUCCAAGGAGAAGGUGAAGAAGAAGGUAUCCGUGAGUUCGACAGGAGAGAAAGAUGCAGAGAACACGUCGUCGUCGCCUCCUCCCAUCACAGCAACCAUCAGCGCGCUCCCCUGCCAACACGUCAGCGCCCGCGGCCCGUUUGACAAGUGCAAAACCCUCUGGGCAAGCUGGAGCGUUGCGUCGUCUACGUCAAACGUCUACUUCGCCGGCGACACAGGCUACCGCGGCAUCCCGCCACACGCCUGCCCGCCCACAGACACCGACGACCACGACGACUACCCCCCACACCUCGCCCACCUCCCCACGUGCCCUGCCUUCACACAAAUCGGCCAGCACCGCGGUCCCUUUGAUCUCGGCUUGAUACCCAUCGGCGCCUACGCGCCGCGCUGGAUGUUCAGCAGCGUGCACGCGAGCCCCCAGGACGCGGUGAAUAUCUUCGUCGACACACAGUGUCGCAACGCGCUGGGUAUGCAUUGGGGCACGUGGGUGUUGACUGAAGAGGAGGUUUUGGAGCCGCCGCGCAGGCUGAAGGAGGCUUUGGCUUGGAAGGGCGUCCUGGAUCAGAGCGCGUUUGGCGUGUGUGAUAUUGGCGAGUCGCGCGAGUUU